GACUGGCAUUAAAAAAACAUUUAUUCAACAAUGAUUAGAGCAAUACUAGACUAUGGAUGUAUGGCACACGGAUCAGCGACUUAGUAACAGUUGGGUUGUACAUGGAGGAGCUGAAGUAAACUCGUAGAAACAUCGAAAGCUUGAUAGGUCAAGUCUCUGAUCCAGUGCCUUAGUAGAUGGCGGUAAUGCUCAAUUUGUGUCUGCGAUUCGCCAAUCAAAUCUAUGAUUUCGACGCAUCUAAUAAGGCGAGCAGCAUGAGGACUCUACUGUGGCUGAAGCGGCUAAUGCCAGAAGUGCGGUGGACCAUGUGGCAAAACAGAUUCUGCUCAGACUCUUCCAUCCAGAGACUGGAGUCAAACUCAUCCAUCCGUAAACAUCUUAUCUCCAAAAUUACUGCCACGGGUCCCAUUUCAGUCGCUGAGUACAUGAGGGAGGCACUCACCAAUCCAGUGGCGGGAUAUUACGUGAAAAAUGACAUGCUUGGAGCAGGUGGUGAUUUUAUUACGUCACCAGAAAUCAGUCAAAUUUUCGGAGAGCUGUUGGGUGUCUGGUGUGUCAGUGAGUGGAUGGCGGCUGGGAAAUCCAACAUGUUCCAGUUAGUGGAGCUCGGACCAGGUAGAGGCUCAUUGGCCAGUGACAUCCUGAGGGUCUUCAGUCAGUUGAAAACUGUCCUGGGUGAGACGGAUAUCUCUGUUCAUCUUGUGGAGGUCAGCCCAAAGCUGAGCCAGUUUCAGGCUGAAUGUCUAACUGGAGAUAAUACACAGCCCAGUGAUGGUGAUCAGCCUGUUUACCGCAGUGGCACCACACGUACAGGCCUGCCGAUAUACUGGUAUCGCAGGAUAGAGGACAUCCCAAGAGGUUUUAGUGUCUUCCUUGCCCAUGAGUUUUUUGACGCUAUACCCAUUCACAAGUUUCAGAGAACCGAGAAAGGCUGGCGGGAGGUGAUGGUUGAUAUUGAUCCUGAAAGUCCAGAUAAACUGAGAUUUGUGGUUUCUCACAGUCCUACGCUGGCCUCCAGCAUUCUUAUACAGAAAGAUGAAAACAGACAGCAUGUGGAAGUAUGUCCAGAAGGUGGAGUCAUUGUUCAGAAACUGGCCAAUCGGAUUGCAGAGGACGGAGGUGCAGCCUUGAUUGUAGACUAUGGACAUGAUGGAACAAAAACUGAUACUUUCAGAGGCUUUAAAGGCCAUCAACUCCACAAUGUCUUGGAUGCACCUGGCAUGGCAGACUUGACAGCAGAUGUUGACUUCAGUUACCUGAGGAAAAUGACAGGAACUGAGGUGACCUGCUUGGGACCCAUCACACAAAGAUCCUUCCUGAAGAACAUGGGUAUUGACUCACGCUUGCAGGUCCUCUUGAGGAACUGUCCUGACCCCUCCACCAGAGCGCAGCUCGUCCACAGCUAUGACAUGCUAAUUAACCCUGACAAAAUGGGACACAGGUUUCAGUUCUUCUCUGUGCUUAAUCGAGGUCGGCUGGCUCAGUAUAGAGGAAUGCAGAAGAACACCGCACCAUUGCCAGUGGCUGGUUUUGCUGAGCUGGACAUCCAAUGAAAAGACAGUAAAUGGACAUAAUGUAGCAGCAUUCACGUUUAACUACACAACCAGAUGUAAUCCUGUGCUACAGAUGUGCAUUGGACUGUGCUGAUUGUCCGGAUUAGGUGAAAUAUAUAUUUUAUUGUUUGAUGGUCUCCAUAAAAAAAAAAAAGAAAAAAAGCAUGAUUUAUUGCUGCACAGAUUGCAUAAAGGUAGGUGACAUGACAUGUAGUUUUACUUUCCUUAUUGAAACCCACUGUUUUUCACCUUGUAUUUUAAUUGUGUGAGGAGUUUUAUCAGAGACCGCCCGGUCUGAUACAGUGGUUCUCAGCUCUAGUCCUGGGAACCCACCACUUUGCAUUUUUGCGUUUCCCUUAUUUGACACACAAUACUCUGUUCAUGGAGCUGAUAAUCUGAAUCAGGUGUAUAUAAUAAGGAAGAGUGGGUUCUCAGGUCCAGAGUUGAGAACCACGGUAUUAGACCUCUCUGAGGUCGAUAUAUGGUCUUAUAUUUGAAGCAGUUAAUGUUAACUAUUUUACAAGCCAAAAAAGGGAGGCAAUGGCAGGAAAUAAGAAAGAUGUUUCCUUAUUGAAUACUCUUGGUAUCGUCUUUUUCUUUAGUUUGACCAAUACUGCCUCCAUCUCCCAACGUCUAGUUGUAGGCCUUCCAAAAAGUGUCUAAGCUGCUUCAGCAGUAAAGGGAGGGAGAAAUCCUAUUUGCCAGACUCUUGAAAUUAAAUGUUUAACAAGACACAAGAAAGAGUGUUUAAUAGAGCAGUGUUUCCCAACCUUGAUUAUGAAGGCACACCAACAUCACACACUCUGGAUGUCUUCCUCAGGUGACCCAUCAGUGUCAGGUCUUGGAGUCUCCACUAUCAAGUUGUUGGGUUAUAUCAGGUCUGUUUGAUUAUGAAGAGUUUAAAAUGACCCCCUAUACCCUCAUUAACUGUACCGAGUUGUGAAAAGUAGUUGUCAUCUCUUUUGAAAAACUGGAACAGGUCUUUCUAACAAAAAUGUGCAGUUCCUUUUGGGUCACAAUUGUUGCAUCAACAUCCAGCUGCUUAAUUUUUGAGAAGACAACUUUCAUUUUUCAAGUUCAAAAAUAUGCGAGACUUGAGUGGAUCUGAAUAAUGACAAUAGAUCUUCAAUAGAGCUGCUUAUAGCCAAACUGAACUCGUUUCAUAAUGAACAAAUGUUAUUGAACUGAACCGAACCAACAAUGAACUUUCUGGAGCAGAAUAAUGACACCAUUGUCUUGCCAUAACUGCUUUACAGCAGAAUUUAUAUCUCAUUUUUCAUUUGCAUCAUUGAUUCUAUUAUUUUCCCUGUUAAACUCCCUUAAGCUGAUUUGUAUAAAGCGCUGUAAAAAGAUGACUCAGCUAGAUCUUAAGUACGCACAAGUUUUAAACUGAUGACCAAUAAUUCAGUGAUUACAUUUUUAAAUCAAGAAGUGUACUGUUAAAUCUCCACAAUAAAGCUGUGAUAAUCUGCUGUUAGGGGGAUGAUAAUAAAACAUAAUUAAACAAGCCAAUAAUCAAACCAAGAUUGCCUAAACCCAAUAUUUUUGGCUUUGUUAGUAAUGUUUAAGGGGUUUAUUCCUCUCCAAAUAACCAUCAAGCCAAAUGUAUCUGUUAGUGAUGGGGAAUAUCUGCUUUCGCCGGCUUUUCAUGUGGCCCUCUUCUUGCUGUGUAAACAAGAUAAAUGAUCGUAAUAGUUUUCAUAAUGAUCUUCACAGAAAAAUGAAUUGUGCUGAGAUCCUCAUGAGAGGUGAAUCAAAUUCACAUUGCCCACGUUUCAUGUAACUGGCUCCAGACGUCACACUAUCAGGUGCAUGUUGUUUCAGGUUAUGUCUCUUGUACUGUUGAAAUGAUGAUUGUAAACUGUGGAAACUGUAGUAGUCUUAUUUCAUUCAUCUCUAGUUUUGUUAAAGAGAGGGAGUUUGAGAGUCUUUAUUUCAUAAUUUUAUGUUUUAUUUCCAGGGCCCUGUUUUCAGCUGCUAUUAAGAUCAAGAUUACACUGGUGUUUUAAUUUAUAUCAGGUCUGCUUCUAGGGCUGCCGCAAACAGAGCUGCUGCAAAGUUUUGUACUUGUAUAUUUAUCUGCUUUUUAAAAUAUUGUGAUGCAAUGGAAAAAAAUUUGCUGCCAUAUUUCAUAUGCUCAGAAAAUGAAUGCUGUAGGUUCACACUAGAACUGGUGGAAGAAUAUUGUGCUCGAUAUGUUUACUGAUGCCCACUGACUUGAACAAUUCUGUUUGUGAUGACUAACAAAAAACACCGGAAAACAUUAGAUAGUACACAAGAUAUUAACAUUUUAAAACAAUAAAGCAUAAAACAAAGCAUUUUCUAAA